CGCUGCAGAGAGAGACUCUAUUCAGACAAGUCUAUUCAGGUUUUCAGGCGGGGAAGCCACAAGACAUUCGUUUGGAAAUUGGACCUAUUUUAAACGGAUUUCGCUGGCGUUAGUUGUUAUAAUAUUCUUUGCCUGUUUGAAUAAUUUUGCAUGCUUUUAUAGGCUAAUUAGUCCAUAUUUUGCGCUUUUAUCGGUUGCUGCAGUGAGAGCCGCUCCAUCUCUAUCAACGUCUAGCCAUCCUUACUCAGCAUUUACUCUUAACUCGUUAGAUACGGCUUUAACGAGUUAAAUGUGGACAUCGCCGUGUCAUUGUGUCGCUAAACACCACAGACCUCUGAAAUCAAGCCGUUAAUUAUUUUAAAAGUCAGGCAUAGCUGGGUUCAUGCCCGAUCUGCAGCGCUUCAGUUUUCCGUGCCGUAGCAUGCAUUCUCCUCUCCAUCAUCAUUAUAAUCAUCAGCAGCAGCACCAACUGCAUCAGUAUCCAGAAGGACCUGGUCAUCCCGAUUCUCCCUCCGGUUUACUCCCUGAGGCUGCUGUCCUCGGAGCUCCUGACCCAUCCUCAUUUUUCCUCGGAGAGCAAUCCGGCCCUGCUGGUGUCCCCCAAACCGCACUUGACCUCACGGGAUCCUCUUAUCUGCACUUCAGUCCAUCCCUCCACUGGUCCCAACCUCCUCCACCUACAGCCAUGGCACUGAGGAACGACCUGGGAUCCAAUAUAAGCGUCCUGAAGACCCUCAAUCUGCGCUUCCGAUGCUUUCUGGCUAAAGUGCAUGAACUGGAGAGACGCAAUAAGAUAUUGGAGUUACAGCUACAGCAGGCUUUAAACUGCAAUAACACGAGCAGAGGUGUGGAGGAUGGAAAGACUAAAGAAAUUGGUGUGCAGACUGGGUUUAUCGGGCCUAUCGCUGUCCAGCCUGGGUCUUUGUCCUUUCAAAACACCAACAACUCUGCUAAACGACCCACUACGCUGUUUAUGCCUUCUCUUACAACUGUCCUCAAGCUUGAGCCCAAUAAAGCUGACGAUGAGACCACAACUGACUCAAACACCAAUAGGAACCCAACCAUUAUGGUUAGUCUCUCAACACCCACCACCGAACCUGGCUCGGCCAACACCAAUAACUCCAACAAUGCUCCGCAUGUGAGCAGCAUUGGCACCGGGACGUCUCCCAACCCUCCCCCUCGCUUCCUCCCGGGCACUAUCUGGUCCUACAAUCAAACCCGUAAACUGGGAAGCGGGUCAGAGACUCGGGUCACCAGUCCCGGAGUGUCGUGGGUCCACCCGGACGGCGUGGGUGUCCAGAUAGACACCAUCACCCCAGAGAUCAGAGCACUUUACAACGUCCUGGCCAAAAUCAAACGGGAGCGGGAUGAGUACAAGCGAAGAUGGGAAGAGGAAUACACCAUGAGAAUGGACAUGGAACAGAGAAUGAAUGAUCUACAUGAGGACCUACAGGAGAGUGAGGUGUGUCAGGAUGAGUUGGUCCUCCAGGUGAAACAGCUGAAAGCUGAACUCGUGCUCUUUAAAGGACUCAUGAGCAAUAACCUGUCGGAGCUGGACAGUAAGAUCCAGGAGAAGGCCAUGAAAGUGGACAUGGACAUCUGCAGACGCAUUGACAUCACAGCUCGCCUGUGUGAUGUCGCCCAACAAAGAAACUGUGAAGAUCCAAUCAAGAUCUUUAAGGUUCCCAGCCCUCAGACUGCCAUCACCUCUCGUGCCCGCAAACAAGCCUCACAACCUGCCAAUGGCAGUGAGACCGAUGAGCCAGUCAGCACUUCUGAGAGUGAUGGAGGUGGUGUGCGAGUGGAUGAAGUGUGCACCCCUUCAACCCUCCAGAUCAAUGAAGAGAUGCAGAGAAUGUUGACCCAACUGCGUGAGUGUGAGUUUGAGGAUGACUGUGACUCUCUGGCUUGGGAAGAGACUGAGGAGACGCUUCUUCUGUGGGAGGAUUUCCCAGGAUGCACUUUAACAACAGACACCAGUCAGGGGGAGGAGGAGUGCUUGGAAAAGGUUAUUAAGGACACGGAAUGUCUUUUUCAGAACAGGGAGAAGGAAUAUCAGGAGACUAUAGACCAGAUAGAGUUGGAACUGGCCACAGCAAAGUCGGACAUGAACCGUCAUCUUCAUGAGUACAUGGAGAUGUGCAGUAUGAAGAGAGGACUGGAUGUGCAGAUGGAAACCUGCAGGAGACUCAUCACUCAGAGUGGAAACAAUAAAUCCACUUCUCCUGGACCUGGAGGUGGUACAGAUGCAAACGGAGAAACAGAGAGAGAUAAAACCGAGGAAGGAGGAAGAUAAUGAUGCCUUCAGAUCUGAAGAAGGUGUUUGCAAGAAAAAGAAAAAGUGCCCCUUAUCUCUUCAUGGCACCCAUCAUCAGCCCUUCUCAUGUUUUUGCAUUCUGUCCAGUCACUGCCUCUAGUGGUGGUAAAUGGAAUUACAUUGUGUGUACUCGGUGUACUGUGACAUUUUUCCCCUGUGGUUGUGCAGAGCAGCUUGACUGGUUUUACACCUACAUAAUCUUAAAAGAUGAGAGUCCUGACAACGUUGUUUGCUUUUAUCUGAUUUCACCGAGUCCAUCCACCGGCGGGUAUCGAUCAUGUUUUCCGAUCUGAUCCCCAAAUGUCUGAGUCAUCUUAUUUUCAGCACUGAAUACAAUCACUUUUGUUUUCGUAUGUCUGGCAGAGAAUCACUGACAAUGUUUUUGCAAAGUUUCCAUUUCCUAGAGAAUUUUAGGGGACAUUUGCUCACUUCUUGUUGCCGCAUGUAACGUUACGUGCCACUGUAAGCCGUGGGUCAGUAGGUGUGUUGUGCUUCCUGUCUGAGCUGUUGUAAAUACUCGGCUGUUAAUGCAAGUGAAGGAUGGAGGUAACUGUAGCCUGCACUUCCCCCAUCUCUGUGCUCAAAUUCACACUAAAUAUAUGACAUUUCUUGCUAACAGUAUUGUGCUGAUGCCAGGCUGCUUCAGAGUCUCGGCUGUAUGCGCUCUUAGAAUAAUGAACUCUUUGACGUCCUCUCUUGCGGGUGGAAAACAUGAGUGAUAGGUGAGGUCAGAUGAGUGAGAUUUGAGGAUGUUAUGGUUCAGAGUAGAUGUCAGAGCAUUACACAUGUCAAAUUUUAUGUUAUUUCCUUUUUACUUUUCCCCUCAUUUUUCGUCUUUGAGAUCAGCGAUAUUGAGUCUUUUUCUCUGCCGGUGGAGAUACAUUUCAGAAAAUUAAAGUUCAUGAAAAUGCUGUAUAUCUAACGCUGCUGUAGAUUAGAGACCUGCUUCAGUCCAUAAAAUAUCUAGCAUUUCAAAGGUCUUUCUAUUUCGGAUAGUAAAACCCUUCCAGUAUAGUUCUAGCAUUUUUCCGUUUCGUAUCCUCUUAGCUAAGACCUUGCUGGUGCCUCUGAUGGCUGAGGUUGAUGCAAAGAGCUGUCUGUUCGUCUGACCAGUUGUUUUCAUUGGGAACAGUCUUGUAGUCCAGACUAAGGGGAUAAGGUGAUGUGAGUGAAGUCCUUUAGAGCAAAUUAUUUUCAAAAUAGUGGUCUCCUUGAUCCUUGGGAGUUUUUGAGAGCAUCCUGUCUUGUUACAGUAGACAGGUCUUCCAGUGAUCCUUUAGAAAGUGAGAUCCUGAUAGGUUAAACUCACUAACUAAUGAUCUUACUAAAGACCCCAUGAAAUAUUUGACAAACUAAAAUUUCCUUUCUGUGUACUAUUAACAGCAGGACCUUAUGUUAAUCCUUUUCUGCCUGAGAGUUUAAAAAAGAUAAUUGGGUCUUUGUUUCUUGUAAUCGAGAGUUAAUAUCUCAAAGUUGAAACUUUAUUUCACAUAAUGGUGUGACGUGGAGGUGUGACAACGUAUGUUGACGAUCCAAGUGCUGGCUUUGUUUACAAGAGUGGUCAAAACAGGCAGGGUCAAUCAAAAGCAAACAGGUAUAAUCCAGGAUGAGACAAAAAAGUAAUCCAAAAACAGGUGAUGUUUAGGACAUGCAGCAAACAAUCAGAGAAAAGGAAACAGUCCAGGGUUAAAACAAGGCACUGGACUUGGCAGUACUGAGAAUACAGAAGUUGCGACCAUAAUCAUUGGGCAUGGUGGUGACCUUGGUGAGCCAAGCUCCGCUGUCACUGGAGCUUGCCGGUUAUGCCCCCUCAAAAAAAACUCUUUUUAACAUCUUCUGCCUCUCCCACAGUGAACGGGGAACCGGUUAAUGACAGGGCAUAAUCCAAAAACUCACAGAUUGACCCUUGAGGACCAUCAUGAAUGAGUUGUGACUGUAAUGGUUGACUCAGUCCAUAACCGAAAAAAUCAAUGAGUGUAUAGUCCGGGAGAUCAGACUGAUAAGCAAUGUCUAAAAAUCCUGAAUGUGGUCCUCGAGGGAUCGCGUUUCCUGUUGGAAGUCAACUAACCUGAUCGCUGGGUCCAUAAUAAGCCUGGGACACAUGAUAAAGCCGCUGGAUCUGGGUGUGGCUCAGUAUUCUGUAACGAAGGGAGAGGCAGAGGAUGUUUUGGGGGGGGCUGGGGGGGGGGGCUGGGCAUUACCGACAAGCUCCGGUGGCUGUGGAGCUUGGUCGAUCACAGAUCAAUGCACCUUCCACUCUGGUGAUUGCUACUCCGGUUAUCAAGCCCGUACCUGUAAUGUCGGCAACAGCAGAUCCUAUCCACAUCAUGGCCGACAUUCCAGAGACUCAUCCCGUCAUGGCCACCUUUCUUGAGUAUUCCAGUCCAGCCUGAUCCGCCGUGGUGGUUCCUUCCUCCAUCAGCUCCACCCUGGUGGUCAUCUGCUACGCCGUGGGUAUCUUCGGUCCCAUCUGCCCUGCUGUAGUGGUUCUCUGCUCUGCCCUGGCUUCCUGCUCUGCCAGUUCCAUCCUGGCACCCUGCCUUUCUGCUCUGCCCCAGCUUCCUGCUCUGCCAGCUCUGCUCUGGCUUCCUGCUCUGCCGGCUCCCCCCUGGCACUCUGCUCCGCCCUUGCACCCUUCUCCGCCCUGGCUUCCUGCUCCACCUGCUCCGCCCAGGUACCCUGCUCCGCCGGCUCUGUCUCAGUCUCCAGGUCUUCCACCACUGUAUGGACCUGGCCCUCCAUCCCUCUCCCUAUUCCACCUGUGCUCCACCUCCCUCCUGGACUCAUUUCAGUUUUCAUUUAGGAGCGUCUGGAAGCCACUUCUUAAGGUGGGGCGGGGGGCUCAUUAUCUCUGAUUGCAUUCACAUGUGUCUUGUUAUGUCAUCUGUCUCACCCUAUUUAAAGCCUGGUUUGUUACUUCCACAUGGCUCAGUAUUGUUUAGCCUUUGUUUAGCCUGUGUAGCCCUAGUUCCUGUGUUAUCUUAUUUCUGUUCGUUUGCUGCCUGCCCUGACCAUUGCUCGUUUCUUGGAUUACUCUUUUGUCUGCCCUGGAUUAUACCUGUUUGGUGCUGUUUGACCCUGCCUGUUUUGAACACUUUUGCAAUAAAGCCUGCAUUUGGAUACUCUUAUUUGGAUUUGGAGUUGUCACGCUCCCCACGUUACAGAUGGCAGGGUUACAUCUCACAGUUGUGACUUUCUCUUAGAUUUAGUAUCAUAGAUUUAUUUGACAUAUUUGCAGCCCUAUAUCUUACAUUUGCAGCCUAAUGUCUCAAAAUUGCAACUUAAAUUUUUCACAAUGUGUGUUUAUAUCUUACAUUUGUGACUUUGUUUCUCACAAUUGCCACUUUCUGGAAUUGUGACUUAAUAUCUCACAAUUAUAACACUGUUUCUUUCAAUUUUGACAUCUCACAGUUUUGACUUUGUUUCUUGUAGUUGCGACUUUGUUUAAUUACAAUGUUUCUUGGAAUUUUGACUUCAUAUCUCACAAUAACGACAUUUUUUCUUUCGAUUUUGACAGACAACUCACAGUUUUGACUAAAUAUUGCCUAAAUAUUCAAUAUUUUUGUGGCACUUCUGCUGCCAAUAAGAAGCACAGUAAACAACUGAGCCAUUGUUCAUUCACAGAAUUGUUUUUAUUUUAGUUUAUUUUUAUAUUGUUUCGCAGCACUGUGCUGAACUAAGACUAUGAGACUAGCAAGACUAUGUAUGCAUGUGUAUAUGUAUAGAGUGAGUACUCCAGGUUUCUGCAAUGAGUAACUGGUUAUUUUCUACAGCAAGUUACUUAUUGCUUGUUGCUAUAAGACCUUAAAACAAAAGUCUUUUACUUUUGACUUCAUAUCUCACAAUUACAAAUAUUUUUCUUUCGAUUUUGACAUAUCUCACAGUUUUGACUUUUUUUUUUUUUUUGUAAUUUCAACUUCCUGUCUCACAAUUACAACUUAAUUUCUAGUAAUUUUCUAGUGACUUAUAAUUUGACAUUGUUUCUAAUGAUUUUAAAUUUAUAUCUCACAAUUGUGGCUUUUUCAUAGUUGUGAUUUCAUGUCUAAUAAUUACUCAUGUCUCAUAAUAACUUUGUUUCUCAUAAUUGCAACUUUAUAUUUUAUAUUAAGAUUUGUUGAACUAUUGCUUAAUAUUGAGUGUGAGAUCUUGAUGGGUUUGAUCUAUUGGAUUACUGGAGAUCUAACAAACCCAUGAAAUAUUUUAAUGAAAAAAUUUUCUUUUCUGUCGACCUAAAAGGGUGAGAUGCCAAUAGGUUAGAUUCACUGGAGAAUGAUCUUUCAGUCAUUUUCUUGAGCAAUAUAUUAUGCAAAUGAAUGUGUAAUCUGAUUCAAGGCUUAAAUUCUUAAGAACCUCACAUGAUUUGUAAUAAUCAUCUCUUCUUUUGGCAGAGCACUCUCUAAUUCUAAUCAAACGCCCACAGGGACUAAUACAGUAGUUCCAGAAGAAACCGACAAACUGACUUCUUGUUCGCUUUGUUGGACAUUCAUAUCUGUAGUCAAAUAGGUAGUCUGCAUGUAAACCACAGCUUGGAUUCAAGAAUAGAGACUAAAACUCUUUGACAGAGACAUUUCGAGUGCCAAAUGUGAAAUAAAACAUUCAGGAAAGAUACUUCACAAAGUGAAAAUAAAAACCUCAUGCUUUUGAAAACAUGGUGCUGUACAUCCAGCAUGUAAAUUUCCACUGUAGAAAAACAAGUGAAGUGAAGUGGAGUGAAGGCUUUAAAAAACACAUUACAGUACAAAUCACUUUCAAUGCUCAGCCAGAACAGAAUUUAUUCAUUUGAACAGUAUGUUAAGUACCAACUCAGGUUGUUUUUCUUUUUAUCUUGUUCUGUUUUUUGCAUACUGACUGAUGAACAACACUGUGUGUCUGCCUUAGGUUUUUCCCUCUUACCACUGUGAAGUUCUGACGGGGUUUUGCUGAUUUAUUGUGAUUUUAUUUCAUUUAAAAUGAUGUUCUAUGUGUACCAGUUAAAGAGUAUGUAAAAAAAAAUCUUUGUUAAAAAAAAAAAAAGAACAGCUUCGAUAAAUAAAAGGAUGAGCUUGAAGAUUAAUUAAAAUGUUACAAUUUGAUUUUGAGGAAAAGGCUUUGUUUGUAUGUGAACUAAAUAUUGCUUAUCAUAUUUUUUGUGGCACUUCUGCUGCCAGUAAGAAGCACUGUAAACAACUUAGCCAUUGUUCAUUCACAUAAUUAUUUUAUUAUUUUUUUUAUUUUAGUUUUUUUUAUUAUUGUUUCGUAGCACUGUGCUGAACUAUGUGUGUAAGACUAUGUAUGCAUGUGUAUAUGUAUGGAGUGAGCACUCCAGGUUUCUGCAAUGAGUAACUGGUUAUUUUCUACAGCAAGUUACUUAUUGUUUGUUGCUAUAAGGCCUUAAAACAAUAGUCUUUUACGAGAAUUCUGUAACAAUUCAAUAACCACAAAUCCGGUCUUGUAGGAAAAGGACAAUAGUAGACAGUCAGGAAAAUGACUCAUUGGAACUGACUGAAUUUUUGGAUUAUUUCAAAUUUGCAAUGGCUACAAACAAUGUGUAAAUUCCACACAAUAUCUUAACCAAAAUAACAGAAUUUGAAAAAAAGACAAAGUGCUUUGAAAGAAUGCUUAUUGGCAAUAACUGUAUGAAUGCAACGAUACUGUAACCUAGAAGAGACAAAGGGAGAGUUGUGUAUGCUCCAAUGCUGGCUAUACAAGCAAGUCCUGAACCUUAACAAGAGAAAUACAACAUUUGAAAAGAUUGCUUGGGACGUCUGAAUGAUUUCAUUCAUAGCAUCUCCGUGUCAUUCUGUAACAUCUCACAGGAAUGAAUCUUGUCUCUACUGUGGAAUUGUAGGGAUGUUUCUGUUUUAUGAACCUCCAAGGGUUCUCUUUAAAUUUGCACAUGUGCCACUGGUUGUGGAUUUCAGAUGCUGUCCAGUGAAUGUUUUGCUCCAAGAACCCACCGGAGUGUCUAAGGGGAGAAAAAGGACUCCGACUGGAGCAAUGGCACAUGCGUAUUUUGAUUUAAAGAGUAACAGGACUAUAUGUAUAUAUAAAUAUGUAUGUAUCUAUGUAACCCAAAGCAGAACAUGAACUGCUAGCUUCACUGCAAGUGUACAGAAAGACUGGAGCUUUAAAAAGAUUUCAGAAUAAAGGUUACUGCUGAGCUCACACAU